CAGAACCCUAACUUCUUCCACUGCUUGAGAGCUUACGUUUUCAUGUUCUAUUUCAUUUUACUUCACUAUCAUCACUUAGGACAAUUUUUAAAGACCUCAAACAUAAAUUUUGGAUUAAUGUAGGGUCUAAAAUGUCAUUUAAGGGACAUAGUGUCUAUAAAGUAUUCUUUGUUCCUUUUUUUAUCUUUUCCUAUUAAAACUUGGCAAUUUGUUGAGUGAUUUGCAAACGCCACAAACUGAAAUAAAGCUAUUGAUAGUUGUUAUCCUGCAGGAUUUAUGCUGUAAGCAAAUUGCUGCUUGGCCGAGAAUGAGAUUCUCAGAGCAAAUCCUUGCCAACUCUUUCGGAGUCUGUACCGCAAUGUCAACAGCAGAUUGGUCAAAAUUGCCAGUGGAACUUUUGGGGUUAAUUUCUAGUCGGCUGCAUUUUGCUGAAGACUGUGUACGGUUUGGUGCAGUCUGUAAGUCAUGGAGAAUCAGUAUACUACAACAUGGCAAUUAUUCAUGCUCAUUCCUUCCUUGGCUAAUGCGACCUCAGACAAAACAUGAAAGCUUGCGCAGAUUUUAUAGUCCUUUCAACGGUAAGAGUUAUGAUAUAUGUUUGCCAGAUGUUCUAGAUAAACGCUGUUGGGGUUCUUCUCAUGGUUGGUUGGUCACGCUAGGUGCCUAUUUUGAGAUGCACUUGCUGAAUCCGUUAUCAGGGGGUCAAAUUUCACUCCCGCCGCUACAUAAAUGCCCUAAUUUGAAUCUGGUUUGUUCAGGAAAGGGCUUUCGCGACUCAUUUGUUUGCAAAGUUAUCUUGUCUGCUAGUCCGUGCUCAUCAGAUUGUGUUAUUUUUGCUAUUUAUGCUGAUAAUUGGAAGAUGGCAUUUGUAAAGCCAGGUGAUGUUUCUUGGACUCCCUUGAGUUGCAUCCAUGGCCAUGUUGAUGAUGCCAUGUGUCACGAUGGGAAGUUUUAUGCCAUCGAUACUUUUGGGGAAAUUCUGAUUUGGGACUUAGCUGGUUCUUUCUUGAAGAGAAUAGCUUUCACACCAUCCCGCGGAAUGGAUAAUUUGGUGUAUGUUACUACAUAUCUUGUCGAGUUAGAGGGCCAAAUAUAUGCCAUAAUGAGGCUUUUGUUUGAUACCAGGAUCACCGAUACUCCUUGUCUAACCACUUGGUGUUUCGAAAUUUACAAGUUGGAUAUCUGCAACGAGAAGUGGGAAGAAGUGAAAUCUUUGGGUGAUUGGUCCAUUUUCGUAGGAAGCAAUCAUUCCUUCUCAAUUUCGUGUUCGACUUACCCAGAAUGUGAGAGUAAUUGCAUUUACUUCACAGAUGACUUCUCCGGAGUUUAUUACAAGGCAGUGUUUAGCUAUGAUAUUGGUGUUUACAACGUUCAGAAUGACAGGGUACAAUCUCUUCCUCAGGAAGAUAUAUCUGACUUCGCAUUCUCGCUACCGCUUUGGAUCAUACCAAGUUUAUCGUAAGGAUUUUUUGUUGAGUUAGACGAUAAUGUCCAUGAAGGGGAGCCUUGGCGUAACUAUUCUCUUGGAGAAAUGCACAUUAAGACUGCAUACAAUAGACCCUUGUGGUCUGACUCUCCCCCUACCCCAAGCAUAUCGAGAGCUUUAAUUUACCGGGACUCCGUAGAUGAUAAUGUACGUCAUGUACCCGAGUUUCUUUUAAACCAAAUAUUUGACUAGCUAUGCUGCGAAAUAAUUUCUUGUCGUGCUAAAGCAAUGUGUGUGAGCAAAUGCUUGUUAUGCUCUUAAACUGUUGGUGUUGACCUAAAGGUCACGAGUUCAAGUUGUGGAAACAAGCUCUUGAAGAAAUGCAGGUUAAGGCUACAUAUAAUACAACAGACCCUUGUGGUCCGACCCUCCCCCUCCCCCUCCCCCUCCCCCGAGCAUAUCGGGAGCUUUAAUGUACGGCUGUCGUAGCCGAUAAUGUACGUCAUGUACCUGAUUUUCUGUUAAAUCAGAUAUUUGACUAGCUGUGCUGCUAAAGUAUUUCUUGUUUUGCUAAAGCAAUA